AUGGAUAUGUUAGUUCGUCUUAUGUCAACACCACCACUCUCCACCACAUUACAUCAAUUACAUGUAAAAGUAGGUAACAGUGACUUCAAUACUUGUUCACUUAUACCAAAGUCUCCUCUUUCAAUGCGAAUGGUAUUUUUCGAAAUGCUGACAUCAUCCAUUGUAAUGCCUGUUCUUCGACGUGCCAAUGUGUCCAUUUUUAUUGAUAUUAAUGAUUUAAAUUGUAUUAGUUCAUCAUCACUUUUCACUGAUCAUCGUCACGUU